UUUUUUUUUUUUUUUUUUAUUACCUCUUUUCUUUUUUUGUUCCUAGUAGGUCGUCCACGAUUGUCCGAUGCCAACAUGCGGGCAACACCCAGAAAAGAUGGGGAGGAGAGCACCCAAAAUUCGGCUCCAGUAAACAGUAUACAGGCACAGAAUGAGCCAUCGACCGCGGGAGAAGACAAACGAAAGAUGCAAAGGAGAGCCGCGUAUGUUUAACCCUGUCUAUGUGUAAUAAAUCCUGGCCGUGACUCCACCUAAAACUCGUCCAUUGGCAGUCAGAAGGCGUACCGUGAGCGACAGGAGCAACAUAGCCUCCACCUAACGCAGAAGAUUGGCAGCUUAGAGGAAGCAAAUAGGGUUCUUGGCGCGAACAAUAAACAACUCGAGCUAGAGAUUGCGAGACUUGCAGCAGAGAACAAUGUUCUUGCUACAUUCAAUAGCCAUAUCGCCUCGACCACCGAUGGGCCUGUAUCAGACGCGGAAUUGGCUGCAGCUAUACUCCUGCAGGCUCCUCAGCUAAAGCCCCCUUCGGAUUUAAUGACAAGUGGUCCCAUAGACCACCCAGCCCAUCGGAUUACUGAGAGCGAGACGGGUGAAAAGCUCUUAGAUAAAGCAGCUACUUGGGAUAUGAUUCAGAGCCAUAGAUUGUUUAAAGCGGGUUUAGUAGACAUCGACGGUGUUCGGCAAAGGUUGGAAGGCUUUGUGCAGUGCACCGGCCAGGGUAUUGCAUUUGAAGAAGGCCGAAUACGGAGUGCGAUUGAGAAGAGUGUCAUCUGCGACUUGUAGUUGCAACCACUAAAGCUCUGCUAUCAGCCACCAGCCUACCCCAUUCAGACUAGCGCCUUUGAUCAUUAUCUACACCAUGAUAUCGCUAUAUUGCCAUGAUAUCGCGUGUAUCGCGUCAUUUGAAUUUAGGCCUAUAAAUAUGCUUAUUUUACC